AUGACUCCGAUGCCAUGCGGUGGUGCUCCGACUAGCUUGGAGAUGUGGCCGCCUGGACCGAUUCUUGAUGACUACCGGUCCUUUGGCGAGUACUACUCGCCCUCGGAGAGACUCAGCUUGAAAACAGGUUCCAGUCCGUUGCAUCAGGUAGCAUCUACAGGCAACCCCAUGCAAGAGACUCAGGUCGAGCUUGCCACGGUCGCCGACGUCAUGCAGUGGAUCUCCGAGUGGCACGGAAAGGUGGCCGAAUGCUACGCCAGGACCGAGGCUUCACGACUCCCCGUCCUCUGGUGGAGCUCGCCACCUUACUGGUCUCUGGUCGAGCAGAUCAGUACGUUGAGCAAGGAGAAGAUUCUGCUGCUGAACGAGUGCAGCGAUCUUCGCAGCGACAACCAGGCCAUUCGGGUCGACAACGAGCAGCUGCACGAAGCGCUUCGCAUCCAGAGACGGGAGCUUGAAAAGGUCAGGCGGCACAUGCGCAACUACAAGAGGCGUUUGGCCAAGGACGCGAAGCUCCGGAGCGGUACCGCUGACGAUCAGAAGCCGCGGCUCAGCGACGCUUCUCUGCCGAGCACCUGCGACUCUGACGGAGAGCAGCCUCCGGAGGAGCCCGCAGAGGCAUCGGACGAGGAGUCGCUGCUGUCAAGAAAGCCGUUCCUCAACAACGACGAACUCGUGGACUUGAUGCAUGGGGGCCCUUGGCCAGCGGCGGCGAGCCCUCGCAGGUAUGAGCAGAGCAUACUGUAG